UUUCCAUCUAACCUACCUGGGUAUUCUGCUUUUAGUUGCCUCCUCAACGGGCCACAAUCACACCCGCAUUAUUCUGAAGGGACCCACUGCACUACGAGCAGCUCGAUGGCACGGUCAGAACUUCAAUUCACCGGAACUUGUUGAUUAAGCUAUUGAGCCACCGCGGCGUCUAUUUCCUCGUCUUCGCAGCCGCUCGCCCUCUUGUAGUUUUACCAAAACACAUACAACUUACUGCACUCAACUAAUCCCUUAUUUUAUUCAUACCAGCCAGUCAUUUUCUUGACAUUUGUCUCUGAAACUCCACUCCAAACUGGGCUGGUUCUUCUCGUUGCUUGAUUCCUUUUCUUUUUCCAAGUACAGUGGCUUGUUAAUCUGCAAGUCACUUGAGUACACCACGUCAUACCCCUUUACCGGCCCACUCCCUACUCCCUUCCCUGGUCUUAUUCUCCUUACCCAAUGCCUUCACUUUCUUUUCUCAAAUCUUCGAAAAGAGGCAGUCAGCAGCUUCAGGUGAACGGUCAAGCUGCUCAAGUUCCCGUUGAGACCCUUGAUCAUGAACACACAAUCACGGAAAAAUCGCAGAGAAGGAGAUCAACUCGAGAAUUCUUUCGGAACUUGGUCAACAGACCUACAGAAUCAGACGAACCAGACAAACCAAGUCGCUGGCGUAAUAGUUUCAUGGUAUGUUCGGUUGAACACACCAUCCUUUGGAAUAUUUUAUGGUUUCCCAGCACUAUGGGAUCAGGUUUGAUUUGAUGGCUAAUCUGAUAAUCUAGAAGAAAUCUGAAGCACCCCACCAGUCUACGCGCCCUCCAGAGCCACCCAUCGCAACUAUGGUAGACAAGAAUAAACCUUUACCGCCUCCGCCAGAUUCCAGCCCUUCUAUUGAGGCAGAAACCCCUCCAAUCUCAAGGCCAGCUGUGAAGCUGGAGAGGAUAAUAUCCCCGAUUUCUCCUCCUGAUUUGCACAAGCUCUUCUCUGGUGCCCCUCAAUUCUUUGCUCAUUCUGAAGGUCAGAAUGCUGGUGCACCACACCCUUCGGUGGAAUUUCCUUGGAACAUAGAUGUGGAGACCAAGGACCUUUCAGACCAUAUCCAGAUACGAGAUGAGGCCUGGGGAUGUAUAACUGCUUCUCCGAACACUACAGUCCAAUCAGUCAUAAAUUCGAACGUCAAGCAAACCAAAAAGGCACAUUUCGCUCCUAGAUGCCAUGAACGACCAAAUAUGCUUAGUAUGCAAGGUGUUGAAAAGGGAACCAUUGGUUAUGCAGCUGCGUUAGAGUUGGAAAUGGCCGAUUGCUUUAAUACACCAAAAGAAGGCCCAGAGCUCGACCCUGAGCUGAUCUCAGAUCACCGCCGGAGGUUUCUCAAUAACAAAACUGGCCUACGGUCUUUAACCGACUCGAUGCUUAUCGAACGACUGAUUGAAGCAAGUACUGCUUAUCAUGAUGAUUCUUUGAGCCAUCAUCAACCAACAAUUCAACUUUAUACCGAGCUGUUUACGCAGUUGUUGUAUCCGCCAUCCAAAGUAACCGAUUUAAAAGAUCCCUAUAGUUUACAUAUUCAAAUUGAAGCUCUCAUUGAUGUUUUGGCGGCACCUUUAGUCUGGUUUGAUUUCAGUCUCGUAGAAUGGAGGAUGUGUCUAGGCGAGAUUCUACGGAGCUCGUCUUUAGAUAGCGAACUCAGCGAUGAGAUGGAAAUCAACGGUGAGGUUUCACCUAUGUCUGGAACCGAAAAGUACUGGCUAUUGCUCCAAAUUCUAUUGUCUUGCGAGCUCUUACUACGUUUGGAUGCAGUAUCAAUGAAUGUUGAACACGGGACCGAAGAGUCGAACUCUCUAGAGCUUUCUUCAUUCGACAAGGGCGCCACGACGAGCGUGAAAUGGGGGUUGAUUUUAGCAAGACGUUGGCUUGAAAACAUUCGAGUCGAGAAGAAGAAAGUUGAAAGUACGACCGACAAAAAAGCAACACAAGGAUGGCUGGCCAGCCUGACUGGGACGGCGGAUGAACCUGAAGCCCCCAUAAUAAGGGAAACUGUGGAGCAUUUGAGCUUUGAAGGCAGAAACAAACCGCAACAAGUAGCUGGUCUUCUUCAUUUUGCUCAAAACAUCUCUUGGCCUAACUUGGAUAGUCUGACAGCUAAAAUUGCAAAGUCUGGACUUAAACUGUCGACCAAUACUUUGAGUACACCUUUUACGGCAACUCCUCUUUCAACAUCAACUCAAAAUUCUGCCGGUUAUUUCUCCAGUCGACGGCAGACUCGAAACAUGACCACUGUACAAAAGAACAUGUCAGCAAUACUUCGGUCUUCCGGGUGGCUUUCAAGCUCUUAUAUGAAUGGCUUGGUAUUGCCAGGUGAAGGGUUAAGCCAUUUCUUAAUAGCUACAUUACUAGAGAACGAUGAAACCGCUAUUGCUAAGCUGGGCGAUGAAGCGAAUUUGUUUGGCGGAUUUGUAUAUUCGGGUCGAAGCUUUUGGAGUACUGGAUGUGUGGUAGGGAGAGUUUUAGCAUCUAGAAAGGGAGCGAGAGAGUGCAUGGGUUGGAUAUCAUCUGACAUGAUUCCUGUAGGGACCGGCGAGGCGUGGAUUGAUAUCGAUGUCGAAUCGUCUCUCCAGAAUGGUAGGCUUGAUACCUCGAGGAUUACACCGUUCUUAACUAUCUUUUUCGGAUUGAAUACUAACUGGUGCGCAGGAUUGCCAAAGACUGAAAAGCCCAGAAUCUGGAAUACUUCACUCAUUGAAACUAGGGGUAGCGUUCUAGGCGAAGCUGACCCCUCUUUGGUGUUGCCUGGGGAUUUUAUCAUUCCUUCAGAUGAAUCGACACAGAAACCACUUUCUGUUAUUUUCGAGUCGCUUGACUUAUUCGCUUCCCUCGAUUCAGCAGCAAACUCCGUUUACGAGACGCCAGGGACUGAGACUACCGAGUUUGUCGCUCCUAGAAUCAAGACUUAUUCUGCCAUGAUGAGGUUUUCCUUGGAUAUCGAAGGAAAGGGGAAAAAAGAAGCGAAUCUUGCGGUUUCCCAUGAUGUGAAUUUCGUCACCGCACAUCCGUGUAUCCUAUCACAAUUCACGAAUAUCAUUCGCAGUUCAACAAGCCCAUCUUUCCAGAAAUCUGAGCAAAGCGCUAUGCAACCAUCCUCUAUUCCAGGUAAGUCCAGAACUUCAAUCUUGUACGAUCACGACUAUAGCAGCUAAUAACCAACAUAGCCGGACACCCCCUCCACAAAGAAUUCACAUUCACCCGCACACCCGUCCUUGACUUAGUCUUCACCUCCUCCGCAACCGAUUUCGCAACCCUCCUCUCGCCGCCAUCCUCCUCAGAUGCAAUCCAAUCCAGUCCCCGUCAAACAUCUACUUCCAUCCCGAAAGUCCUCAUUAUCGACUGUACAGAAUCCACAUCUGUCAAUUCCCAAUCGCGUCCGACGGUUUCGCCUCGAGAUACCGCUCAGCGUGAUCUUGGUAGUGAUUUGGAGAUGCUGGGGAGAGCGUUGUGUGCGGAGAGGGGCUGGAAUGCGCUGGUUAGUAGGAGGGGGAAGGGGUGUGUUUCUUGUGCUGUGAGGGAGGCGGGGGCGCUUGGGUGGAGGGUCGUUUUAAGGGUUUGA